AUCAGUGGAUUCAUUAAACAGAGUUUUCUUUCUAAUCCUUGAAAAACGUGAGAAAUAACUCUAUUUUUUAUAAUGAUACGAUAAAUUUUAUGUAGUGGCUAAUAACAGAAAGAAGCAGAUAAGACUUAACUGAGUGCGCAAUCUAAAUUGUUGAGUCGAUUAUACUAUCUGCAUACUUACUUAAAACUGUCAUUUCUAAGAAUUAUAAACGUAUAUUGUGUUAUUUUGUAGAAACUUUAAAUAACGUUAACAUGUUUACAUUAAUAUUCAAAUAAAAGGACAAAUAAGAAAAAUUGAUUUGAUAGUGAUUCAAAUAAUUCAAUUAAUAAUAACUGUUGAAAAUGAAUUUAUCAUUGAAAUUAGGCUGCUGUAGUUUAUGGCCGCAAUGGUUAGCUGCUAUAGAAUUGUGUUUUAUCAAAUUAAAUGCUGGCUUGGUAGCAGGCUGGCCAUCACCCUACUUGGCCAAACUAAAUGCAAUAAAAUAUCCAAAUUCCGAACUUCCAUUAAGUGACAUCGAUGCUUCUUGGAUAGCAUCUCUUCCAAAUCUCGCCCGACCAUGCGGCGCAAUCUUCGGUGGAGUACUAGUGUACGUUAUUGGCACAAAACUGUCAAUGUUAUUAUCUGGAGUGGCAUUUGCACUGGGAUGGCUAUGUUUUUUCGUAAUCGAUUCAUUACCACUGGUUUAUGUAUCACGCGUUGUUUCUGGUGUUGGUGUAGGAAUGCUUUUCAGCGUAUCUCCGCUGUACAUUGGUGAAAUUGCGCAUCCUAAGAUCCGUGGAGCUUUGAUAGCUUUAACAAUGCAAGGAUUUUUAGUGGGCACUUUGUGCGGCAGCAUAAUGGGAAAAUACUUGAACAUGUGGGUAUUUGCUGCAGUAAGUCUCGCUCUAAGUAUAAUAUUCUUGAUCUCAUUCAGCGUAAUGCCCCAAACACCACACCACUUAAUUCGUUGCCAUAAAGUAGAAGAAGCUGCUAAAUCAAUUCUGUUUUACGACAGAAAAGCUCACGUUAAAAAAGAACUUGAUACUCUUCAAGCUUUUCACCAAGCGAAUCAAUCAAUGACAUUCAAAAAUAUUUUGCAUGAGCUCAAUACACCAGUUAAUCGUAGAGCAUUGCUGAUGGUUAAUAUUAUCGCUAUACUAACACAAGUAAGUGGUAGUAACGUAUUUUCUUCGUACAUGGAGAUUAUACUAACCAAUGCCCACGUAGACAUCAUUGAACCAUCAAGUUUAGUGAUUGUUGUCAGUUUGGUAAGUAUUUCAUCCAGUUUUCUAGGAAUGUUAACCUAUGAUAAAUAUGGUAGAGCCAUAAUGCUCUCUAGUUCAUCUAUGGGAGCAGCUUUUGCAAUAUUUCUGUUGGGUUUGAAUUAUCUGCUGUUAGAUCUCAAUUUUCAUAAUCCAAACUUACAGUGGUUAUCUAUUGUUUCAAUGAUUUUCUACAAAAUUGCUGGUUCUUUCGGACUAAUUGUGGUUCCUUCGGCGUUGACGAGUGAAAUUUUCGCACCUAGUAUAAAAGGUGUAGGCUCUUGUAUUAAAAGUUCACUAAUCGGAAUAUCUGCGUUUUUGGUUAUCAAGUUUUAUCAACCACUAGUAAAAAUUUUGACAGAAAAAUAUUUAUUUUUUAUUUAUUCACUGCUUUUAAUUCUUAUGGCACUGUAUGCUAUUUUUUUUAUUCCUGAAACUAAAGGUAAAUCUCUUCCAGAAAUCCAAGAAAUUCUGAGUCGAGGAGUUAAAGCCAAAUCGCAUAAUUAUAAAAAGUCUAAUGAUGACAAAUAAUUCUUUAUAAUAGGAGAGUCUAAUAAAUGUUAUAUUAUGCAAUUUUUCAGAAUCUUACAAAGUUAUAUCUACUGUAAAAAUACUAUGUUAAAUUUUUUGUACGCCUGACAACGUGUGAGCGUGUGAGAAUGUUCUAAUUUCGGCAUGCCGCUAUGUGACGAUUUUAUAAUAAAAAAUUGUUAGUGUGUCGCAAUUUAGACACUAAAUCAGUAAAAAAAGGAUAUUUCAAAAAAUAAAUACAUGUUAUUAUAAAGUCA